AUGCCUCCUCGCGCUGCUCGUGGUGAUAGAGGCGGCCCUCCUCGAGGUGGCCCUCCUCGACGCGGCCUGCCUCAGGGUGCCGCUCCCCCUGCUGGUGGCGGCGGUCUUCCUGACACCAGUAGCCAUGUUACCACCAUAGGUGUGCGAAGACCUGCAUUCGGCACCAGCGGCCGCAAGAUCUCUGUGUGGACCAACCAUUUCAAGGUUGAUAUCCCUGAAAGUGUCAUUCAACACUAUGACGUCGUCAUUUCGCCCUCCGAGAAGACCCUACCUGCAAGAUUGAACAUGGAAUUGAUUGCCAAACUUCAGAACGUGGUCGCACCGGAGAUAUUCACCCCGCGUGCCGUAUACGACGGUCGGAAGAAUCUCUUUGCUGUCAGACAGCUCCCUUUUGGCGAGAGCGGAGCCCGGGAGUUCGAUGUAUACGUUGGUGAUCCUCCAUCGCAGGCCCAGCAAUCAAAGCCAAAGGACGGUAAAGAUCCCGCGAAAGGACCAAAACCUUACAAGAUCCGACUUAAGUGGGUCGCAUCUAUAAAUCCUGAAGUGCUUGCGAGGUUUCUGCAAGGGAAGCAAAGUCACGACAACGACGUCCUGACGGCCAUCACUGCUCUCAACGUGGUCAUUCGCAUGGAGCCGACGCUGAAAUAUCCCUUCAAUGUCAGGUCCUUCUUCACGGAUGCUGAAAGUCAGAACAUCGGCGGGGGUAUUACGUUGUGGCGCGGAUACUUUCAAUCCGUUCGCCCAGCUGUCGGCAAAAUGCUAAUUAACGUCGACAUCAGCACCGCAACAAUGUACAGGACGGGUAGUCUGAUCGACCUCUGCCUAGAAUUCUUCAACAGACAGGGUCAAGACCCAAAUCUUCUUGCCCCUGCUCGUGGUCUACCUGAACGCCAACGGGUUCAAUUGCAGCGAUUCGUAUCCGGAGUCAGAAUUGUCACUCGCAAUCCGAACAAUCUAUCGGAAGUUAUGACUCGGUCUCCCCGCGUGGUAAAGAGGUUGAGCUCAGCGGGUGCCAAUGCUCUAACCUUUACGCUCCGCGACACGGGGACGAUGUCAGUCGAACAAUACUUCAAGCGGACAUAUAAUUAUGACUUGAAGCAUCCUGAGGUCAUGUGCGCGGAGGUUGGUUCGGGUGCCUUGAUUCCGCUCGAGCUGUGCGUGGUCCCAAAGGGUCAAAUCAUGCGAAAGCAGGUUCCGCCAGAGAAGACGAAGGAUGUUCUUGGAUUUGCCACCAAACGGCCCCAGGACCGCCUGGACAGUAUCAAGAGAGGCCUCAGCGUUUUGUCCUAUGGCCAGUCCGAAUAUGUUAGACACUUCGGCAUGCAUGUCGAACCGAAUGCUACGCCACUAAGCUUAACCGCGAGAGUCCUUGUCGCGCCUGCUCUCAAAUAUGGAGGGGGCAGCAAGUACGCUGUGAUGCAACCGAAGGAUGGCGCAUGGAACAUGAAUGGCCAACGUGUCUAUCGACCAGCUACUGUCGACCGUUGGGCGGUUGUCGUUUAUGCCACGAAAAGACAAUACACGCCGGACCACGCGCAAGGGAUGAUCAAGGAUCUGAUAAGCAGCAUCGUUGCCGUAGGUAUGGGCGUCAACGAACGGGAUCCCUUAGUUUUCUACGAGAAUGCGCAAGGAAAUAUCGCAGACCAACUGAAGGCCGCGGGACGUGCUUGCGUUCAAAAGAAUAAGCAGCAACCCCCGAACAUGCUCGUUGUCGUUCUUCCUGAAGGGGCAACGGACGUCUACACCGCAGUCAAGCACUUUGGUGACGUCACACAAGGUAUUGCCACGCAGUGCUUGAAAGCGAACAAGUGUAUGAGAGCUUCCCCCCAAUAUUAUGCGAACGUUUGUCUCAAGAUUAAUGUCAAGCUCGGUGGCAUCAAUACCAUUCCCGAUCCUCGCUCCGUUUCCAUCUUGACGGACCCGGCAAACCCAACGAUCGUUAUGGGUGCCGAUGUUAUCCAUCCGGCGCCUGGAGCCGACGGACGACCCUCUUUCACUGCUCUGGUGGCGAAUGUCGAUUCCGACUCCGCCAAGUAUGUUGCGGACUGUCGCGUGCAGACCUCUAGACAGGAGUUGAUUGAGGACCUCCAGGAAAUGAGCAAACGCAUGCUGAGUAUGUACAUGCACUAUCGCAGGACCACGGAGAAGAGGGAUAAGAACAUCGCGCCGAGGCGUAUCAUUUUCUAUCGCGACGGUGUCAGCGAGGGUCAAUUUAAGCAAGUAUUGGACAAAGAGUUACCUCUGUUGAAGGCGGCGUGCCAAGAGCUUAAGAUUAACCCUACUAUCACAUUGGUGGUCGUCGGCAAACGUCAUCACGUCCGGUUCUUCCCUCAGAAUGCCGCUGAUCGCGACAAGACCGGGAAUUGCCCCGCUGGAACUGUCGUGGACCAGGAGGUUGUCAAUCCUCUCGAGUUCGACUGGUAUCUUCAGAGCCAUGCUGGGUUGUUGGGUACUUCUCGCCCGGCCCACUACAGCGUCUUGUACGACGAAAACAAGUUCACCCCGGAUGGUUUGCAAGCACUCUCGUUCGCAUUGUGCCACGUCUACGCACGUUCCACGCGCUCUGUCUCCAUCCCGGCGCCCGUCUACUAUGCCGAUAUCGUGUGCGCACGCGCGAAGAACCACUACGACCCGAACGGUGGCUUGGACCUCUCAGAGUCCGGAACUCACACUGGCGACGCGGACAGGCAAUUGCAGGCAUUUAAGGCCGGAUUCAAACCGCUGCACAAGAACAUGGCGUUUGUAAUGUAUUUCUCGUAA